GUUUAUCCGUUUUCUUGUGCGUGGUAAGCUAUAUGUUAUUUUGUCGGUAGUCGGUAUGUGUUUUUGUAGUAAUUUCUCUUAGGGUUGAUCGGUUUGUUAGGAAUAACAUAUGUAAAAUUACAAUGUUAUGAAGAGAAGAUUUAGUGAAUAGAAUAUUCGUCAUAAGAAUUAUUACGUGUGUUUUGUUGUUUGACUUGCUUAUGACUGUUUUUAUUAUGUUGAUUGGGCGAUAACCUUUUCAAACAGCGUUUCUAAAACGCGGAGGUUAUUUACUUACCGUGAAUUGUUACAUUUGCUAAUUUAAGUGUCUACUUAAUAAAUAGCUACAAUGAGUUUUGGGAGACCGCCACCAAAAAUAGAUGGAAUGGUUUCGUUGAAGGUUGGUAAUUUAACUUACCGAACUACCCCUGAAGAUUUACAUCGUGUUUUUGAAAAGUUUGGUAGUGUUGGUGAUAUUUACAUCCCUAAGGACAAAUAUUCAAGAGAAAGUAGAGGAUUUGCAUUUGUGAGGUUCUAUGAUAAACGUGAUGCAGAAGAUGCUUUGGAUGCAAUGGAUGGCCGAAUGUUAGAUGGAAGGGAACUGCGUGUGCAGAUGGCUCGAUAUGGAAGACCAUCAUCUCCAUAUCGCAGAUACAGUCGCCGUAGGAGGUCCAGGUCCCGCUCGCGCCGGCGCUCUCGCUCCAGGUCCCGCUCGCGCUCCAGGUCCCGCUACUCCAGGUCCAGGUCUCGCCGCCGCUCGUACAGCCGCUCGCGGUCCCGCUCACGCUCCAGGUCCCGCUCCAGGUCUCGCUCCGACAGCAAGAGCUCGCGCGGCAAGUCCCGCUCGCGCAGCAAGUCCAGGGCCCACAGCAAGUCUCGCUCCAAGUCCAAGUGAUUUGGUGCAGGUGAUUGAAGUGGCAGUGCAGUAGCAGUGCAGUUUAUUGGAUGCAGUGUCUGAAAGAAAGGUACUGGAAAAUUAAAGCCAGUGUUGGAAUAAUUGCCAUCAAUAUUUGUACGUGUUACAUACUUGUGUGGAAUAUGUGUUCUCUGUGUAAUAGGUUUCAGUUAGGUCCCCUUUGUAAAUUUAGUUAUACACAAGCUAGCUUUAGUUUUUUUUUGUAAUGACAAAACACCUGUAGGGUAAGUUGUGGCAUAAAUCCUUUGUUGUUUUAUCACAUUUAAAUUACACCCAGCAUUGUAUGAAUCGUAAAUGCUUUGAAUGGAAAUGUAUUUCCCAUUUUUUGUAAUUCGGUAUCUGUGACACUAUUAAAUUAAAUGCAUUUUAAAAACUAUAUUUUGUUCUACUAAGUUUGUAAUCUUUUUAGGACUCAGGACUUAGUUGUAUUAAUUAAAAUUCUUGUAGUUAAUGUGAAAGUUAUUCUUUAUCUUACUUUAGUACAUUAUUUCUUUUUUCUGUAACAUUGCUCAGAAAUGUAAUAAAUUUUUGAAGAAUCCUUCUGAUUGCUGAAAUUAUAUCUCGGUUCAGAAUAUACUUGUUUUGUAAAUCUGAAUUUACACUUGAGUUAGUCUACAUGAUACUUUACAAUUGUUCUUUGAAUUUGUGUUGAAUUUAUUUAACUUCUAUUGUUGCAUUAUUUUGUUACUUGCAGUUAAUGUACACAAAAACAUAUUCAUGGAAGAGUUUAUACGUUUAGAAAUAAUUUUUGUACACUUUAAUUCGCAUCCACUUUUAUAGAUUUUAAAAAAAAAAUUAUUUAUGAUUAAUUUGUAAUAAUAUGCCUUAUUUUGUAUUUUUAAAUGUUUUGCUUAUCAAAAAAGUUGUUACUACUAUAAUUAGCCACUUGAAAAUAAGCUAUUUCACAGGACAAGUACUAGGAUAAUUUUAAAAUUUUUUCAUUAAUAUAAAAUUAUCUAUUCAAAAUGUAUAUAUUGAGUUAACUAUUACUUAAGUAUGCCAUUCAUAACCUUCUUCAGAAGUUAAAGUAUCUGCAGGUACUGGUUCUGCUAAACAUUUUAAACUAGUGGUACACCUAUAUCACUGAUAAUAAUUAAAUUGAUAAUUUUUAAGACAUUAUUUAGAAAAUGCCGUAGGUAUUUUUUACACAUGUUUAAAUAUAGUGUCUGAUUUUUAAAAUAAAUAUCUGUGUUUCCGUGUGUCUUUUGGCUAUAUAAUACUUAAUGUUUUAAAAUUGAAAAUGAUAUUAUCAAGUCAUUUAUGUGAUGGGUUAAGUGAACUUAUUUGGUUUAUGUAGGUCUGCCAUUCUGGUUUUUAUUCGCUGGUUCGGUUAUACAUCAAGUACCUCUGUUCUCGGUUCCUGUUUUGGUUCUUAUAAUGCAAAAAAAAAAAAAUGCUACACUAAAUUUGAAUAAGCCUAACUAGGUCAUAAUUUGGUUAUUAAAAACAAUUAAAAAAACAGAAAAGAGGUAAAUAAUAUAACCCCCCCCCCCCC